AUGGUGAAACAGUACAAGUGUAAAUCAGUGUUAGGUUUAGCAGUGCUUUAUAAAACUAAUUACAAACCCUUGAUUGAACAUAUCCUAAAGAAUGAUUUUGUGGUUUUUAGGAUGAAUUGGAUUUAUCGGACUUUUUGUUUCAUUUUCUUACUUGCUUCUGUUUACAGUGAAUGUGUGACUCGGAUCUAUGAAAAUACAUUCUUCCAAGGAGGAGACCUCACUACAGUUUUUACACCAAGUGCCAAUUACUGCCAAAUAGUGUGCACUUACCAUCCUACCUGUCUGCUCUUCACCUACUUGCCAGCCACAUGGACUAAAGAUCCUGCAAAAAGGUUCUCCUGCUAUUUAAAAGACAGCGAUACAGAAAUGCUGCCGAAAGUGGAUAUGGAAGGAGCUAUCUCUGGACAUUCCUUAAAACAGUGUAACCAAAUUAGUGCUUGCAGCCCAGAUGUCCAUGUAGGACUGGAUAUGGAAGGGAAUAUUUUUGAUAUUACUAUGGCUGACAGCUAUCAAGAGUGUCAAAAACGAUGUACCAAUGACAACCGUUGUCAUUUUUUUACAUAUGCCUCUGAAAAUUUUCACAAUGCAAGCUUUUGUAAAAAAUGCUUCUUGAAACACACCAGUGUCGGAACUCCAACCAACAUAAAGACGCUUGAUGAGGUUGUCUCUGGAUUCUCUCUAAAGCCAUGUCAGCUUUCUGAAUUAGAUUGUCAAAUGGACAUUUUUGAAGAUCAAGUGUUUUCAGGAAUUAAUGUUACAAGUUUUUUCACUCCUGAUAUUUCUGUCUGCCAAACUAUGUGUACAUAUUUUCCAAAGUGCUUGUUCUUUACAUUUUUUACCAAGAAAUGGCAAAUAGAAUCUCAAAGAAAUCUUUGCCUCCUGAAGACAUCAACAAGUGGAAUUCCAGAGGGGCUGAUAUCACAAGAAAAUGCUGUAUCAGGCUUUGGCCUCCUAAAUUGCAGAAGAUCUUUUCCUGCCUGCAAUUCUCGCACUUACAUGCAGAUGGAUUUUUUGGGAGAUGAACUUACUGUCACUUAUACUAAAGGACACCGAGCCUGUCAGCAGGUUUGCACAGACAUGAUCCGCUGCCAAUUUUUUUCCUAUUCUCUCCUCCAAGAUUCAUGCAGUGAAGAAGGAAAGUGUGAGUGUCACCUAAGAAUGUCCUCAAAUGGAUCUCCAGUGAAAAUAGUACAUGGACCAGGAAGAAUCUCUGGAUACUCACUAAGAUUAUGCAAAGAAAAAGCCAGUACUGUGUGUAUGCAGCAUUCUGCAAGAACAAUUAGGAUUGUUGGUGGGACAGACUCCUCCCCUGGUGAGUGGCCGUGGCAGGUCAGCUUGCACGCCAAGCUGUCCCGCCAGAGACACCUGUGCGGGGGCUCCAUCAUCAGCAACCAGUGGAUCCUCACGGCUGCUCACUGCGUCGCCAGUCUAGAGAAUCCCAAUAUUUGGCGCAUCUAUGCUGGCAUUUUGAGACAAUCAGAAAUAAAUGAGGAUACACCCUUCUUCAAAGUGGAAGAGAUUAUUGUUCACUCUCAGUAUAAAUAUGCACAUUUUGGAUACGACAUUGCUUUAAUGAAACUUGCUGAGCCUAUGAAUUUUACUGAUCUUCAACUGCCUAUCUGCCUGCCAUCGAAAGAAGACACUAACAUAUUUUAUACUGACUGUUGGGUAAUUGGAUGGGGUUACAGAAAAGAAAAAGGUCGGGUCCAAGAUAUUCUUCAAAAGGCUCCUGUUCCCUUCAUGUCAAAAGAGGAAUGCCAGGCAAGGUACCGGAAGCACAGAAUCGGUGACAAAGUGAUCUGUGCUGGCUAUGAUGAAGGAGGAAGGGAUGCUUGUAAGGGAGCUUUUGUCACUACCUCAACAGACCAUUCAAGAGGUGAAAAUAUGGAGCUGUUUCAGCUGCUCUGUCUUUCGUUUGCACUGCCAGCAAGGAUGAAAGUACAUCAUCAAAAGGUAAAAUUUCCUGAAUGCUUUCUAAAAUAA